AUGGCGCCUGCCGCCGCCUCGCCCCUUCCGGCCCCGCCGCUACCACCCACUCGGCUGCGGCGGAGGGGAGGCGGUGAACGGGCGAGGCCUUCCCGGGAGGGGAGGAGCGAGGCGGGCGGCGGGCUCGGCUCCUGUUGGCGAGCCGUCCCCCUCAUGGCAGGACGGAUGGUGCCGUCCGGCCAGUGCGUCCCGUUGCUACGGGUGAGGGCGGCAGCUGCCAUGGCCGGCGGCGUGAAGCCGGGGCAGGAGCCAGGAGCUGGCCCGGGGCAGGUGCGUUCGGAUAGUGCCCUGAACCGGCCCCGUUCUUCUCUGGCAGCCGUUCAAGAAGACCUUCGUAAGCUUAAAGUGAAAAAUAACAAUAUGAAAGGAAAUGCAGAAGUCAUGGAUAUUAGUGACCACAAAACAGCAAUUGAAGGAACUGAACUUGGGCUGAGAAAACAUGCUGAAAAUUAUUUAAGUGCUAUAAACAGACAAGUGUUGACUGUUUCUUCUGCUGAUAAUAAAGAAGUACAUUCAAAAGAGCCUCCUAAAUGGGAGCUUCAUUUUGGUGCUUCUCAGAAACAGCUUAUUUUGCCACCAGUACAUGUUGAGCCCAGGACUGUCCAAGCGUACAGCAGAUCAUCACUAUGUGUUUCACAAGGUCUACAGCAGCAGGUGGAAAUGGAUAUGAAGGUUAUGCUUGACUCAGAGAUCACCAAUUAUAAAGUUGGUUUAAAACACAAGAACUAUGAGACCAGGCUGCCACUUAUAACUAAGAAAAAGUCUGUUCCUAUUAACCUGUCUGAUUGGCCUACCUCUCAAUACAUGGAUUCUGCCUUACCCCUGUUAGAAGAAGAUACAACAAAAGGUAUUCUGAGCCUGACAGAACAAAGACUUAUCACUUCAGUAGCAAAGAAAACUCUCCAGAUACCUCCUAUUUUAUCCAGAGCAAGACCUUUCCAUGAAUUUCACAGACAGCUCAAGAAAUCAACUCUAGGAGAAGUUAGUAGUAGGGUGGACGCUGAGGAUACAGCCACCAUCAUGUUCCCAAACUCAAAGGAAGCAAUUUAUGGCACUUACUUCUCAAGUAAAGGUAAUGUUGCACCACUCUCACCCAGCAGCUCCAUGGCCUCAGCAAAGAAAUCAAAGCCAGUGAGGACAUACCCAGCUCAGCACUUGGAAUCUGAGCUGCAGGUUCCUGCUCAGCCACAGCUUCUUCAAAUGUCUCCAUGCCAGUCCUUACAAGAUUCAUGCUUUGAUGACCACAUUGCUGUUUACCAUGGCACAAUAGACCAGAGAGCUCCUGGCUUUCUGGCCUUCAAGCAACAAUGUUGUUCAUCAUGGGGGAGCAUUCUCUCUUUUUUGGAACAUACAGAAAAGCUCCUCAAGGACUAUGCUGUACCCUUGGCUACAAUAAACUGUAAGAAGUUGGCGGAAGUUGCGUCAGGCUUUGGGUUUAAUGAGAAUCCCACCAAAAGUGACAUUCUGUCAGUGAUAAAGAAUCAACCAAGUGUGGAAAAGAUCUUAAAUCGACCUGGCCAGAGAUACAAAGGCCAAGGGGGUAUCAAAAUGGCUGCGACCAAGAUCCAAGCAGCAUGGCGAUGUCACCAGGCCAGAAGAGCCUCCGUCCGUUGCAGGCGGCAGCAGUGGGCAUCAGGUGUGAUUGCUGCUUCUUGGCUCUUGCAUCAUCACAUGGCACAUGUGAAAAAGAGCCUGAAGGAAUCACGUCAGAGACACCUGGAGAAUUUUUACAUCAGGGCCAAGCAUCUGGCAGCCAACUGGAAUCGCAUCAGGACCUCCAGGAGGACUAUUAUCCAUAUCCCAUCAUUAGGAUAUUCCCAGUGUGUCCGUGAGCAUAUUCCUGAUCUUCCUCUCCAGCAGAACACGCAGAUGGGAAGGCUCUGUGACAUACUGGAUGCCAACGUGGACGUCAUCUACAUCUGCCCCCUUCAUCUGAGUGAGGAGUUACUGCGGUAUUACAAUAAACUCUUGGGUCUGCAGGCAGCUGUUAGAUCUGGAAACCCUGAGGACAUGGGUGACCUGCAGGACAGGUUCAAAAUUCUCACCCCUGAAGCUAUAAACAGCUUCCCUCAGCAUCACAUGUGCCUAGCCACUCAGCUGAAGUACAGUCCCAAGACAAUCAAAAGGAUAAAAAUUCUUACCCAGAGCAGAGAUGCCUACAUUAUUGGAGGGGUUCCCCACCAAGAUGAUUUAGCAGUGGCUGACAUGCUCAAUGUGCCUAUAUUAGGCUCGGUGCCAGAAGUGGCUCAGCUCUAUAGGACCAAGUCUGGAAGCAAAAGAAUUUUUGCCAGGGCUUGUGUGCCAACCCCUCCUGGAGAAUCUGACAUCUACAGCCAUGACCAGCUGAUCAGUGUCCUCAGCCAACUCAUCAUUGACAAUAUGGAAGUGUGGUGUUGGUUGUUUAAAGUGAAUGAUGAAGCUGGAGGAAAUGGCACUGCUUACUGUGAUAUCUCACAUCUGCAAUGCUACCACUGGGCUCAAGAGGAACGUCAGAGAUACAGCCCUGAGAUCUGGAGCAAGAAGUGGGCCCAUGAGCCAGCUUUGGUGAAGAUCUCCCAGGAGCUGCCGGGCCUUUUAGCACAGCACGUACAGCCAGUCAAUGAGAAACGAUUCCCUACAUGGGAAAAAUUCCUCCAAACAUUUCUUAGUCAAGGUGGUGUGAUAGAAGCCUUCCCACCCUCCAAGAACAUCACAAACCUGACAGUGGAUAUGCUGAUAGAGCCAACGGGCGAGAUAAAGAUGGUGUCAUCUGGAGACCAGCUACACGCUGAAGGGCCUUUGAGAUCAUCUGGCACUACCAUUCCACAACAUUCUGUUGAUCCAACAGUUCUUAAUUCACUCUGCUUCAAAAUUGGAGAAACCUGUAAAUCCAAAGGAGUGCUUGGCUACUUCUCAGUGGAUUUUGUGACUUUCAUCCAUCCACAAAAGAUGGAGCAGCAGGUAUGGGCAACAGACCUUGACCUUUGCUACAGUGACCAGCUGGCCUUGACUCAGCUCAUGUUGUAUGUGACAGAUGGAAACCUGGAUUGUCACUCCAGCCGCUUUGAAGUGUCUCUUGGUGCAAAGAAAAUGAAAAGCCAAUGUAUUCAGCAUGAGGAGACAAAAACUCCUUCUCCACUCAGCAGCCGGUGUGCAGUAGCAAGCACUCAACUGAGGCACUCCAGCCUUUCUGGAAUCUACUACAACAUUCUCCUCCAGAUGUGUAAAGCUCGUGGUGUUGGAUUUGACCUCCAGGAGAAACAGGGAACAGUUUUUAUCUUGUAUGAAGACCAGAAGCGAUCCAGGCUGGGAAUGAUAACAAUCGGAGAGGAUCUCCAGGGGGUCCUCCUGACCUUUGCUCGCAAUCUCUUCAUCAUCCAUCAAGAAAUAUCACCACCUAAUAUGCAAGGCGAGACCAAUUUUAAGAUGGCAGUGCAAGGCAUCGCAGCCAUUCUAGGGACUACAGCAGGAAACACACUGGAAUGGGAAGAGGAGCAACCCUUGACAGCAGAUGUUCUGGAAGAAUAG